AUGUGGAGAAAAUCUGGUCAGCAUGGAUACCACCAUCCAAUUGAGCAAACACCCGGAUCGAAUGACUAUCUGUUCAAUUCAAGUGACAGUCUAAAUGACGAUCUUCAAAAAGAAACCAAGAAUCCACUGACAAAAUCAUCAUUUUUCAAAUCUCUAACCUCGUUAAGCACUUUGGGCAAGUCCUCACAUGAGUAUGGAAACGGACGAACUAGCAUUAGCAGUAUCGAUGCUAGGCAAUCGUUCAAUCGUUCACGAGUAGCAUCUGCGAAUUCUGGCAAAGUUGUUAUAGGUGCUGGGUUCAGUUAUAUGGAUACAGCAUCACCUUCCCCUUCCCCAAGCAUAAGAUCAAUUUCUCCUAGUAUUCCACCAGCAGUAGCCAAAAGCAACUUGGAUAGCACAUAUGCACACCAUCAGCACAGCCAUCGUCACCGCCACAAUCACAGCCACCAGAGUGGCCGUGCAAUAUCUGGCUCUGAGGAGGAAGAUGAUGUUUGGAGUGCAGAUAUAGGAGAUAUAGGUCAAAAUAGUGAGAGCACAGUUGGGAAAGAGAGCCCCGGAAUGGUAAAGCCCGCACUAUAUCCCUCACUUGAGGGGUUGACACUUGAGGGUAAGUCUGAGGAUAGUAAGCGUGACGAAAGUAAUAACAUUAAUAUCAAAGCAGGCUCAAAAUUACCAAAAGCAGGCCUGGCGCACGAUGUCUCAAAAAAUAAUGUGGUUGCAAGUGAUAGUGAAUACAGUUUGAUACGAUCAGAUUGGAAGGAGUUGGUGGGGAAUCCCUUUUCGAGUCUUACAAAGUACCUUCCUAACGAUAAGGAGGCCAUCAAGUAUAAAAAAAUUGUGCGUGUGCUCACAAAAGAGCCUUUUGACAUAGGCGAGCUCAGGAAGCAGAGCUGGAGCGGAAUUCCGGCCUCGAUAAGACCACUAGUGUGGCAGAUAUUGGUGGGAUAUCUGCCUGCAAAUAGGGGAACUCGAGCUUCGGUCUUGGGUAGAAAACGUAAGGAAUAUGCCAGUAGCAUUCGACAGUUACUUCAAGGACAGAAAGACCAGGCCAUGUGGCAUCAGAUCGAGAUAGAUGUCCCCAGAACGAAUCCUGGUAUACAUCUAUAUGCGCAAGAUGCCACACAUAGGUCUCUUGAGCGAAUUUUAUACCUUUGGGCGGUUAGGCAUCCCGCUUCUGGCUAUGUUCAGGGAAUAAACGACUUGGUUACACCAUUUUUUCAGGUUUUUCUCUCUGCAUAUCUUUGCAAGCCAGAGACUGUUGUCAAUUUUGACCCAAAGCAAGCACCAACUGAACUUAUGACGACAGUUGAGGCUGACACGUAUUGGUGUCUGACAAAAAUGCUAGAUACGAUCCAGGAUAACUACAUUCAUGAGCAGCCGGGAAUCAUCCGGCAGAUCGAUCAGUUGAAGGACUUAAUUACGCGGGAUGAACCACGUUUGGCAAAGCAUUUGGCGGACCAGAAUUUGGAUUUCAUUCAGUUUGCUUUCAGGUGGAUGAAUUGUCUCCUCAUGCGAGAAUUUGAGCUUCCAUUAGUUAUCAGGAUGUGGGAUACCUAUCUUUCUGAUUUUCCAGACGGUUUCAGCAAGUUCCACGUGUAUGUUUGCUGUGCAUUUCUGCGGCGGUUUGGUGACGUUUUAAUUAAUAUGGAAUUCCAGGAUAUCAUAAUGUUUCUUCAGGAUAGCAAGAAGACUGAUUUAUGGACGGAAAAGGAUAUUGAGAUGAUGCUAAGUGAGGCAUAUGUCUGGGAGAGUCUGUAUGAGAAUGCAUCUGCUCAUUUGAAGUAA